CUAAAGUUAGGUGCUUUUUCAGAGAAAAACUCCACCUGUAUCAUUACCUAAAGGAAAUGUGUUUCUCAAACCAGAAGCAUUGCCCAAAUAAUGCCAAUUAAAUUAAAUGUCUUAAUGGGACAUUUUAAUUAGUGUGUUAGGAAGAAGGAAAUCCAAAUCGUUUGCGUGCAUUCACCUUUCCAGUUAUUCAGAAGAAAUCAUUCCACCCAGAGUCCACAGGAGGGCAAUGCUGCUUAAGAGAUUGAAAACCAGAGACAUCUGAGCAGUCCCUUUCCAACACAAAUUCCCGUGUUACCACAUAUUCUUGGUAAAAGCUGCUGCAAAAUAAACUAUUAAGGAUUCUUUGUAUCAAUUUUUGUAGUUCAAGAAACAUAACUUUUUCAUGCUAUUUAAUGGGUCCAAACUGCCAGGACGGAAAAUGAAUAAUUAAGUUUUGGAAAAGAGCAUGAAGGACAAUAGAAAAACAUCGUGAAGUCAGAAGUAGUUUGUAAGUUAUAAAUAUUUUUUCUAAACCCUCAUAUAAACACAAAAUCAUAUCUUUUUAACUAGCUUCAACAUUUUUAGUUACAUCUGUGACUUCCACAGUUGGCAGGCAUUGAUUAUUUUUUAAGCAAUUUAUAUACAGCACUUGAAUUUUUAAUGAGUUUAAGUAAUUUUUGUAUAGUACAAUGCUCUAGGCUUAGGUUUAGUUUGACCUUUCAGCAGACAGAAAGCGUUUUGAAGUUUCAUGCAGACUGCUGAAUUAGUUCUGCAUUCACAUUGAAAACUGUAAUAUUGUCACCUUAGCUCCACACAAAUUUCACCCAGAUUUUUCUAACUGUGCAUAGGUGGGGACAGUUGGGAAUACAAGGGAUACAUAACUUCCCACAUCACUCUGAGAUGCACACAGAGGCAAAGAUUUUUAUUUUCAUCAUUUCAAUCAGAUAUUAUUGGACUUUUGGAAGGCUCACUCCUACCCAAACCAACACCUCAGGCAGAGUGUAAUUGUGUGGUUCAUAGGGAGCAUUUUGUGUAAAAAUACAGCAGCACCACGAGCAUUCCCAGCCUGGCACUUUGCUUUAGUUAGAGGUACAAAAACUUCUGAAAGAUGUCCAGCUGUCCUUGAGAGAGCUCUUGCCUUUUUGGCAAAAGUUUAUCUUUCACUCUGUUCUGCUGUUUGCACUUUCAUCUGCAUAAACAUCAAACCUGUGAUCUUACUUUGGAGACUUUCAUGAAUUAGUAGUGAUCAGGAGAGGGGUUUUUGUUGAAAAAGAUUAAAAAUUACUGAGAGGCAACUAGACAGACUUUUACCCCCCUAAAGUCUGAACAUGACACUCCUGAGGAUAAAAAUCUCUACCUCGUGUAAAUUCAGAUGGGAAAUAAAACACUACCCCUCUCUUUUAUUUGCUUAAUGCAAAGGAAGAUAACCUACAGAUAAAAAGGUAACAGAAUAACCCACAGGUACAAUUUCUUCAAUAAGUAGUAUCAAAGUUUAUCUGUUAAACAAAAUCUUCCUGGAGCCCUUGCUAAGGGGAGUUUGCUGAAGAAAGAAACACUCCUUUGUGAAGGGUGAAGUGGAAAGUCAUCGGAGAAUUGAAUUUGCAUCCUUUUCUUUGGAUUUAAGUUACCAUUUUUCCUUAAACCCUGCCCUCCCUCCUCUUCCCUCUGAAGUUCAAUUUCUCUUUUCCUCUUUCAUCUUUUCACUCUUCUUUAAUAAUUCAUUAUUUCCUUUCUUCUCUUUCCUAAAAUUGUAUAUAAAAGCUGGCCAUAAUUUGAAGUGAUGGGAUGAAAGUAAGGCAGCAAAAUAUGGUCUCAAAAGUCAAGAUUCUUGUGAAGGAUCAAAGAAUGUAGUGAUGCUGAGACAGAUGUGAGAGGGGAGAAUUUUCACUGUAUCUUAGUCUGAGACAGACCAGGAUCCUAAGUUUUGCCAAACGAAGACCUAGAGCCAGCAACAAUCUCAGCCACACUCUGAUCUUUUUCACCUGUGAAUUUUUCAUUAUGUAUUUUCCAAUUAAAUUAACAUCUACAUGCUUUUAUUUUUUUCCCCUUAGCUAUUCCUAGACUCCAACUCUUUCUCAUUCCACAGAACCUCUGUGGGGUGGGUUUGUGGUGCUUUUGCAUGACUGAUGUUAAACUUUGUUUGAACACAGCAGGAGGAGCUGUGCUCUGAAGCUCAAAAGAAGAUGUGUUUGCUGGCUCUGAGGGAAAAGAAAAAUUGUUAAAGCAGUGUGGAUAUGACUUGAAUUUUUCAUCAGGCUCUCAACACCAUUUCUAGGGUGAAGAAUGAUCUCCUUCCAGCUAGUUUUCCAGUAAUUUCACAGAGGAAUUAAGGUUGGAAGAUGCUUCAGGAUGGAUAAAGCUGUUCAGCACACCAGCGAGAUCCUGAAUCAAACUAUCUCUAACAUUAGCCUCUCUCAGUUCUUGAACUUUGAUACAUGCCACCUUUCCUCCCUUGCAGAAUUCUUGCUUAUUACAGCUUACACACUGGUUACACUGGUGGGGCUUGUUGGAAAUCUUUGCCUAAUUGUUAUAAUAAAGAGACGGAAAGAAGCUCAAAAUGUCACCAACAUUUUGAUUGCCAACCUCUCUUUAUCAGAUGUCUUGAUCUGUAUCAUGUGCAUUCCUGUCACAGUUGCAUAUACCUUAAUGGACCACUGGAUCUUUGGGGAAGCAAUGUGUAAAAUAGGCUCUUUCAUACAAAGCCUGUCUGUCUCAGUCUCCAUUUUCUCACUUGUACUCAUUGCUAUUGAGAGAUACCAGUUAAUUGUAAACCCACGUGGCUGGAAACCUAAUAUUUCACAUGCUUAUUGGGGAAUCCUUUUCAUCUGGGGGCUUUCCCUCAUCAUAUCCACUCCUUUUUUAGUAUUCCACCAAAUAACAGACGAACCCUUCAAACAUUUGUCUUUCCACAGUGAUUUCUACAAGAACAAGGUCGCUUGCAUUGAAGCGUGGCCGUCUCUUACAGAGAGACUGAUUUUCACCACUAGCCUGCUGGUUUUCCAGUACUGCUUCCCACUGGGCUUUAUUUUUAUCUGCUAUCUCAGGAUAUUUGUGUGUCUUCGGCGGAGACGAGGUAAAAUAGACAGGAUGAGAGAGAACGAGAGCAGGCUGAGUGAAAGCAAAAGGAUCAAUAUGAUGCUGGUAUCAAUCGUGGUGACCUUUGCAGCUUGCUGGUUGCCUCUCAAUAUAUUCAACAUGGUUUUUGACUGGAACUACGAGGCACUAAUGAGCUGUAAUCAUAACCUGGCAUUUACAAUCUGCCACCUUGUGGCCAUGAUCUCAACAUGUAUCAAUCCCAUCUUUUAUGGAUUUCUGAACAGGAACUUUCAGAAGGAUUUGGUAGUAUUAGCCCACCACUGCAGAUGCUCAGCAUCACAAGAGGAAUAUGAAAAUAUUGCCCUUUCAAACCUGCAGACAGAUGCAUCUAAGGGGUCUCUGAAGUUAAAUAAUCCCCAUGUGGAUAUAUAAGAUAAUCUAAUUACAGUUUCCAAAAUUCUGUAUUUUGCUGCAGAUGGCCUUUUUCUGCAGGUCUUGGGCAUGUUACCACCAAGUUUAGAGGAAGCCUUUGCCAUUUAGUUCAGCAAAACCAGGAUUAUGCUCCCAUAGGCAUAGUCAUAACAGGUACUUUAUGAUAGUAUUAAUGCUGGUAAAACCACUUCCAACAGCCCUAAAGAUCAAGCAUAAUAAAUUAUAAACAGUAUUAACAUCUUACUUUUUUUAAUCCACCAUUUCCAAGUCACUGGCAUGCUACCUUAACUCCAAUAAAAAUAUUUCCAUUUCAGCUACUGAUGGGGAUGUCCUUCUUAAAUACCUGCCUCUCCCCAGGUAAACCCUGAACACUGUGCUAUUCCCAACUUCAGCAGCAUUUCACACACAGUUUUCUGGAAUUUUUAUUUUCCAGCCCUACACCAGGGCCUCCCUGAUGAAUCUGCAGUUGAGAGGCAGUUCACAGUGUAAGGAAGGCCCUUGAAGUUAUCCUAAGACUCCACCACCUCCCUUUCAGCCCCCUCAUGCAGUUUGCUUUGGCUUAGUACCAGUUCAGCCCAGAAACUGUAUUUUAACAAGGGAAAAGGCUAGAGCUGGACUUUUUUUUUAAAUGAACACUAAAACAGGACCCAUUUGAUGUACUGCAAGUUUCACUCAGAAUGAUGUUGUUCAAGAUGAAAUAUAUAUUUAGCAUUUCUCCUAAAAGCAUUGCAUUCUCCAAAGCACCAGUAAAGAUCAUUGUUUUCUCUCUUAUCAUCAUCACUGUUCCUUUUAGAAUCUCCAUUACCAAAACAAGCCACUAUGAAUUCAGAGUAAAUUUUGUUCUAGCUACUUACUUGGAUUUCUCUUUGAGUAGAAAAUUAGGUUUGCAUUUUAAUGUCAGCAAUAUUUUCUCCCACUUUUCUGCACUAGCAAGAGGGCACGCUUGAGCAGAUGUGGUCAUUUCUGUUUACAGAAACUCAAUCUCUGUGUUUGAAAGUAGUUUCUUUUAUAACACAGUGCAAAGAAACCUAGAGGGAUAAUACUCAACACAACUUUUCUUAAACUAAAAUGUUUUAAAAACCAAUUUCCAGUGUGGCCAUAAAAAAGUAGUGAAACUUCUUCUUCAUCCAUGAUAUAGUGGCAACAUAAAUAAUCAGUUAAUACUGAGUUGUUUAAAUACAGUACUUAGAAUACUUUAGUCCAAAAAUUCACCAUGCUUCCUCUUGUUCAAAUUAAAGAUAAUUAAUUACUUGUACUGCUAAAGCCCCUUCUUUUUUUUUCUUCUGAGUUUCAAAAGCCCCAUAAGGUUCCUUGUAAAGUAUGCUCUAACUUCAGCAAUUUAUUAAUACCCCACUUAAGGAAAAAGAAUUCACAUUCAAAUUUCAGUGAGCUCCUUGAUGACUCAGCUGUGAUGAAACUCACCUCAAGGCUGUGAAGUUCUCUUGCAGAGGGAGCACUGCUUUCCUUUGCCAUCCAGUUCCUAAAGGGCUCAGGCACAGCUCUCUUGUUCCAGCAUUAGUUCAGACUGUCUGCACCACUCUGCUCAUCAGAGGAGCUCUGUCACAAGAGCUCAGCAGCUCCUGCAGGUACUCAGGUUUGUUAAGUGCCCCCUGAUCCACACUGAGAUAAAAGACCUCGGUGAAAUCUCUCAGUGUCUGAGCCCAUGAAGUCAUAAGGGCUGCCCCAUCACAAGAGCAAGACUGGCAGAAUUAGUGACGUGGUAAUCAAGUAUCUGAGUGAUAGGUAUGGAUUAAUUUGGCAUAAUUUAGGGUUUUUUCCUAAUUAAAUUGAAUAUCAUGCAUUUGGAAUAGAUUACACAAACCUUAACACCUGCCUUGUGCAUCACAGAAAAGAAACCAGGAGACAGCUAAAUACCUAAGAAAGGCCAAUGAUCAGAUUGCUGAGAGUAUCUCAGCAUUAACUAUUUCUGUGAACGUCAACCCAGGUCACUGGGCUGCCUUUACUGCUGAUGCACAUCAUCUGUUUGCUCAGCACAGCAGGCAUUUCACCCAGUUACAAGCAGUACCUUGCAGUCAAUGGCACUGGGCUGUGCAUGGUCAGAGGGGCUGAGCUCUGGUGCAGGGGAGGGGAUGGAGCUGCUUCUCUCACCACUGAGACUCCUCAGGAACAAAGUGAUUCACUGUCUCCAUUGCACCUGGCUAAACUGAGAGCAAAUCUGGUCCAGGAACUUCAGUUUUCUUGGGGAUCCCAGUAUCUGUAUUGAAAACCAUCUACUCCUGUCAGAAGGCCAUUUGCUGAACAAAUGUGUUUUAACAGUGCUGGUGUCACACCUGCUAGAGGCUGGGCUAUCAGCUGUAUUUCCCUGGGUUUGGAACACAAAUCUCUAUCACCAUCUUCCUCAAAUUUAACUACACUGCUUACAGUUUCAGGGCCCAUGCUUAAAGCAUUUUAGAAGCACAUGACAUUCACAAUUUACUCUAAUUUAUUAAUACUAGCACAGCAGUUCAGGUUACUCUCAUUGGCAAAUGUCUCAGAGAGUAUUUAAUGUUUGAAUCAGGCCCAGCUGAGAUUCCCAUGUGUGAAUUUGGCCUAAGUGGCUGCCAUCCCAUCCCAUCCCAUCCCAUCCCAUCCCAUCCCAUCCCAUCCCAUCCCCAAGCCCACGUGUGCUUACUUUUACAGCGGAGGUGGUUUUAGUAUCAUGUCCCAAGUGGUUCUAAAACAGCCAUGAAAUGAAUUCUGGUUCAGAUUUUGUGAUGCUGAUGGAUAGUCUCUCUGCUGUCUCUCCAGAGAAGUGCUUGGGCAGUAUAUAUUAGACAGGCAAGAAAAAGAAGAUUGCCAUCACUUUUUGUAAUAGCAAUUGUCUACUCCUGACAUCCUGAUCAGAAUUAAGCACUCAAUUUUUCCUUCCAGUCUGAAAUUCUUGGUAUAAGAGGGUUCUUCAUUAGCAGGUGGGAGCUCUCAGAGCAAUGACACUGCUUCAGAAUCAAAAGUGAACAAUAAUACUUGUGCCUUGAUUUCUCCUCAUUUCUUUCUCACACUUUCACUUGACUCAAGUGUUGAUGGAUGCUCCAUUUCUGUUCUGAUCAUUCAGUCAUCAAGCAUCUCCCCCAAGAGCACUUGUAACAAUCAUUGUUAACAGAGUAGAGGAUCCUCUCUGUCUCAGACGUCGCCCUCAGCACUGCACAUUCUCUCCCUGCAUCCACUGCCUUCCUGUGCACCCUGAUACUGAACUUCCAAGCAAGUCAGGAGGAGCUAAUUGACUGUGGCAGGAAUAGGAACAAAGAGUAAUCACUUGUUUUUAAAGCAUAAGUAUUAUGGACUCCAACAUGGUGUAAAUGUAACUGCAAUACCUGAUACUUAAAGAUUGCUCAAGUUCAACUGGCAAAUGUUGCCCUGUCUUGGGUGAUGCUGAUGACUUUAUUUUCCCUUGUUUUAUUUGUAUAGCCAAGUAGAAAAAAAUACUAACAGCAUUUCUCAGCAGAAAGCUGUUACCUGAUGCAACCAGCUGAAGAACUGUGAGCUUCCUUGGGGAAGCAGCACCAUGGAACUAACUGCAGAAAGCUAGAGGGGAAGCCUGAACUCCCACAUGCCGUUCCAGUGUAGAAAGUCUUUGUUUUUAAAAAAUAAAAACUGCAUCAGAGCUUUGUUUGAGUGGUUUGGUCAUGCAGACCAGACCAAUAUGUUUAUAAACAUCCUUGUAAAUGAACUGUGUCCUUAUAUGUCUGUGUAUUUUAUGGUUGAUUGGUUUCACUUUGAGUACUUAUAACCUUAUAACUAGGGUUAGAUACUUGGGAACUGCCAUUCACUGUGGAAAUUAUGUCACUGAGCAAAGAGCUCAAUUGAUUAUUGACUGUAAUCCUGUCUGUGGACAGAGACAGUGCCAGUGCUGUGUGUGAUUUAAAGAUUUUGAUUUCUCCCACUGACUGACAAAUAAAUAUUAUCCUGUGUAAAACCA